AUGCCUCACAUCGAAGUGCUUGCAAAUUCGACUUCGAUUAGGGCGCCUGGCUACACUCUGGUCCCUGACCAUGGACAAGGCACCGUUCAAGCAGCCGUACAGCCAACAGUCGGUCGGAAUAAACGCGGUACAAGAUUCGCAGGAACCGCUGGCGCAGAUACCACGGUCGCUCAACAGAAUGCUGUCUUGAAACACUUGACCGACCUGGACAAAGACAGUCAAAGGGAUGUCCAGAUCGCUGUGCCAUCAAAGCAGAGGGAGAGCGCGGGGAAAGUACAGAAGAAGACCACGACGAAUGUCCGCCGCAUACUCAUGUCCCAAAAGACGUUUGCCAACCAUCUUGCCGAUGAGGAGGCAUUUCUUGCCCUACAACAGCAGCAUCGAUCCUCUGCCGCCCCUCGGGUACCAGCUCUGAAACCUUCCAGAUCUACGCCGAACAUGAAACGCUCUUCGACAACAGAAGUGCAGUCCACAAGUGGGGGACCCUCGCAAACAGGCACUGUACGUGCUGGUGGGAUUGUCAACUCACGAGCCAAAGAUCCUCUGGACGAUGAGCCGUUGCUCAAAUCCCAGGUGCCCUCCGCGCCGUCAGACGAAGUAAUGGAGGCCCUUCUUUCGGGUCCUGCGCUAUCCUACAAUGCCGCCCGCGCAGCGCCUCCGCCUCCGGGGAAACCUCAAAGACACUUCUGCGAAAUCUGUGGAUAUUGGGGCACCAUCAAAUGCAUGAAGUGUGGAGCUAGGAGAACUCCGUCAAGUCCGGUUUCAGCGACGAGAGAGGGUGCCAUCACUGGUGCCUGGGCGGCCUGUGAACCCCGUUGCGGCGUCUCCUCACCAUCCCAAAACCUUUGUUUCACGACAAGUAUACAAAACCCCAGAGUUGAUGCGUCCCUCGGGCACCAAACAGCUCAAGUCGUGUCCACGCCGAGUCCUAUGGCAACUCCGAGCAUCGAGCCAGCCGCUAACGCUUGUGUGAUCAGCAUGUCUCAGGAAUCUGAUGAGGUCCGAGUCUUGUGA